AGUCAGACGCAGUGUGGUGACGCAAGCAUACAGACUAACGACUAGCCAGAAAAAUAUAGGCGAUGCAGAGGUCGCGGCGCUCGGCACGGGGCUGCCUGCAGAGGAACCUGCUGGUGUCCCUGACGCUGACGGGCGCCGCGGCGGGGGUCGCCCUCGGCGCAGCCCUCAAGACCUCGCCGGGCGCCGACCGCUGGACCGACCGCCAGCUCGCCCACUUCAAGUUCCCCGGCCAGCUGUUCCUGCAGCUGCUGCAGGCCCUCAUCCUGCCGCUCAUCGUGAGCUCCGUCGCCUCGGCCGUGGGCGCGCUCGACCUGGGCACCUCGUGGAGGGUCGCAUACUACAUGGUCACCACCGUCACGGCCGUCACCAUCGGCGUCUGCGUGUCCGUCACCAUCCACCCGGGCGAGAGGAGCGUCGCGCGCGUGUCGGGCAGCGUCGCGCGCACCACCACCAUCACCGACACCAUCCUGGACCUCAUCAGGAACAUUUUUCCUCCAAACCUAGUGAGAGGAUGUAUGUCUAGGUACCAAACAAUACUGAUACAGCCCACGAUUGAAAAAUAUGAAGAGGCGGCUGAGGCCGGCAGAAACCUAACGGUGCAAGACUGGAAGAUAGAAGGUCGUUACGUUGAUGGUACCAACACCAUUGGUAUGGUUAUUUUCGCCAUAGUCCUGGGAAUCUCAAUCUCUAAGAUGCAAGAAGGUGGAAAGCCACUGCUUGAGCUGUUGGACAGCGUGGCAGCUGCAGCUAUGACUAUUACGAGAUGGGCUCUAUGGUUGGCGCCAGUGGGGGUGGCUUCCAUUGUGACGUCACGGGUCAUUGAGAUUGAGAGCAUGAGUCUGCUGGUGCAACAACUCGGCUGGUACAUAGUGACGGUUCUGCUAGGGCUGUUCUUGCAUGGUUUUGUUGCUAUCCCACUCUAAUUCUUUAUAAUUACGAAGAAACUGCCCUUUAGGUAUAUAUACAACCUCAUGGAGGCACUGAUAACUGAUUUCGGCACAUCGUCCAGUAACGCCACCUUACCCAUCGCCAUGCGGUGUGUCGAGGAGAAGAACAAUGUUGACACCCGUGUCACUAAGUGCGUCAUGCCUAUUGGAGUCACCAUUAACAUGGACGGCACAGCAUUGUACGAGGCAGCAGCUACACUGUUCAUUGCGCAGUUGAGAAACAUUCCAUUGAGCAUAGGACAAUACAUAAUUGUAAGUUUAACAGCAACGAUGGCAACCACGGGACUGGCUGGAAUUCCACAGUCUGGUCUUGUAUCGCUGAUCGUUGUCCUCGACUCAGUGGGCUUACCUGCAAGCGACUCGUCAAUCAUCAUUGUCAUCGACUGGCUUCUGCAGCGGUUCCGCACGACAGUGAACGUGAUCAGCGACAGCGUGGGGGUAUGCAUCGUGGACCACCUGAGCCGCGGCGAGCUGGAGGAGGCGGACACCAUCCAUCAGCUAGGCGAGGCGCGCGGGACCCAAAACCAACCUGCAGCCAAAGACCUGUUGGAGUUGGACACCGUCUAGCACCUGGGCGAAGCAUGCAGGGCCAAGGACAACACUGCUGUCACGCACCUUCUGGAGGUGGACACCGUCCAGCACCUGGGCGAUGUAUUCAAGUCCCAGGACAACACUGCUGUCACGCACCUGCUAGAGGAGUACAGCGUCUAGCACCUGAGCGAUGUAUUCAAGUCCCAGGACAACACUGCUGUCACGCACCUGCUAGAGGAGUACACCGUCUAGCACCUGGGCGAUGUAUUCAAGUCCCAGGACAACACUGCUGUCACGCACCUGCUAGAGGAGUACACCGUCUAGCACCUGGGCGAUGUAUUCAAGUCCCAGGACAACACUGCUGUCACGCACCUGCUAGAGGAGUACACCGUCUAGCACCUGGGCGAUGUAUUCAAGUCCCAGGACAACACUGCUGUCACGCACCUGCUAGAGGAGUACAGCGUCUAGCACCUGGGCGAUGUAUUCAAGUCCCAGGACGACACUGCUGUCACGCACCUGCUAGAGGAGUACACCGUCUAGCACCUGGGCGAUGUAUUCAAGUCCCAGGACAACACUGCUGUCACGCACCUGCUAGAGGAGUACAGCGUCUAGCACCUGAGCGAUGUAUUCAAGUCCCAGGACAACACUGCUGUCACGCACCUGCUAGAGGAGUACACCGUCUAGCACCUGGGCGAUGUAUUCAUGGCCCAGGAUGACACUGCUGUCACGCACCUGCUAGAGGAGUGCAGCGUCUAGCACCUGGGCGAUGUAUUCAUGGCCCAGGAUGACACUGCUGUCACGCACCUGCUAGAGGUGUACACCGUCUAUAACCUGCGACCAGCUUGCGAAAGACUGUCUUCCUUAUCGGUCCACUAUUGUUUACAUAUGGCUGCCGGCAAUUCGAACAGUGAUACUGUUUACUUUGGUCGUACCUCCCGUAACCCCUGCGCCUGCAGGCAUAGUGGCAGGAGAGAGACAAUGUCGUGGGUAGAUAAAGUACCAACAUAGCAUAUUGCAUUUGAAAUAUAGUUUCACUCAUCAGGAAAACAAUUUAGUUGUUUGAAUUGAACAACAGAUUUUAUCAUCGAAGGGCCUAGUGUGUGUUUGUAAUCUUAGAGGACAAGAUUUCCUUUAACAAAGUUUAUGUUUAAAUCAAUGUAAAAAUUUUGCGUAUUGUUUUUGAAAUUUAAAUAGAUCAUUAAAAAUAAUGCUGUGAAAUCAUUAGUUGGCAGCUGUUGUAA